UAGGGCACCAUGCUUCUGCCAUGGUGCCGUGGCGUGCCGCGGCCUGCGCGUUCGCACUGCUGGCGGAUGCGGAGCGCCCGGAGGCUCCGCCUCGGGCGCCACGGGUGUUGCUGUCCAGACCCAGACAGGCGGCAGGUUCGAGAUACUACCCCUUCCGCCAGCUGCUGGAUUGUGAAGGGUCCAACUUUUCAACCCCCUGGCGAAGCUUCCGCGAGAAGGUCGCGGCCAAUGCACGGGAAGGUUUCCCUGUGGAUGCCGAACUGCUGACAUGGGCAAAGCAGAUCCAUUCGAUGUGGGAGGAUGUAGCGCCGUUGCGCAGCAUGACCCAAGUGAAGGUCCUCACGCGGCAAAGCAGC